GAUGGCCUCUGUCGUUCGGUGCCCUCCGCUCGCUGACUGGUGCUGACUGAAGACCCCCUCCGUUGGUGCCGCCGUCGCAAUGACCAUUUGCCAGUUCUUCCUUCAAGGCCGGUGCCGCUUUGGAGAUCGGUGCUGGAACGAACAUCCUGGUGCCAGGGGUGCGGGCGGGGGACGGCAUCAGCCGCAGCAACAGCCUUCAGGUAGCAACAGACGUGGAUGGAAUACCACCAACCAGAGAUAUUCCAGCGUAAUCCAGCCAUCCAGUUUCACCAAAUCAACACCAUGGGGGGGCAGCAGAGAUCAAGAAAAGCCAUCUUUUAGUUCUUUUGAUUCUGGAACUUCAACUGGAAGGAACAGAGGCUUUGGAUUCUCAGAGAACCCAUUUGCUUCACUUAGCUCUGAUGGACAAAAAGAGGAAAAGAAACUUCUAGAAGGGAUUGUAAAAGAUAUGGAGAUUUGGGAAUCAUCAGGGCAGUGGAUGUUUUCUGUUUAUUCACCAAUGAAAAUGAAACCUAAUAUUUCAGGUUUUACAGACAUUUCACCAGAGGAGUUGAGGCUUGAAUACCAUAACUUCUUAACCAGCAAUAACUUACAGAGUUAUCUAAAUUCAGUCCAACAGUUAAUAAAUCAAUGGAGGAACAGAGUAAACGAACUGAAAAAUCUAAAUAUAUCAACUAAAGUAGCUUUGCUCUCUGAUAUAAAGGAUGGAAUAAACCAAUCAGCACCUACAUUUGGAUUUGGUAGUAGGCAAGCAACAACAUUUGGAUCACCAGGUUUUCCAGUUAAUAGCAGCAGCAGUGGUAAUGCUCAGAAUUUUAGUUUUAAUACAAACUCUGGGUUUGUCGCUGCCCCUUCUGGAAGCCCUUCUGUGUUCGGAAGUCCCCCAGCAUUUGGAGCUGUAACUUCUGCCAGUUCUGCCAUGUCUACUUCUACUCCAGUUUUUGGAUUUGGGAAACCUGAAGUCACAUCGGCCGCUUCAUUUCCAUUUAAAAACCCUGAAGCUUCUAGUUUUGGAUCACCUGAAUUUUCAGGAUUUCCAGCUUCCUUAGCAGCAGGCCCUGUCAGAGCUCCAGUGGCCCCGGCCUUCGGAAGUGUCAGUUCUGUGGCUGGUUUUGGUAGUCCAGGCUCACAUUCUUAUCCUGCUUUUUCCAAGCCAUCUAACGACGCCUUUGGUAAUAGCAGCAUGUCCACCUCUCUCUUGGUAUCAAAUAGCAUCAUUGCAACAGAUAAUGUAUUAUUCACACCCAAGGAUAAACUAACAGUGGAAGAACUGGAACAAUUUCAAUCCAAGAAAUUUACUCUGGGGAAAAUUCCAUUAAAGCCACCACCUGUGGAGCUUCUAAAUAUUUAACAGGACAGUUUUAAAUACAAAAAUGAAUGGCUUUAAAGUUGUUUUGAGUGGUUCAUACAAAGGAGCAGAUAUAUAUACAUACACAUAUAUGGAUGUACAUGUGCAUGAAUAUGCUUCAUGUUCAUAGGGAAUAUAAUCUUCUAUAAUAACUU